GCUUGCUAUAUUGCGAGUACCAGCGAAUCCUUUCCGUCGUCCAUUUUCCAGCGGCUACGAUAUUCCAACCAGAUUUUCUACAUUUAUCUCGGAUUUCUUGCUCCGUCACGUUGUCUGUGGCCAUCAAACCAGAGGACAGGCAAUCAAAAUGGUGAAGUUUCUCGAAGUCUUGAAGCCCUUCUGUGCGGUGCUGCCAGAAAUCUCCAAACCAGAGAGAAAGAUCCAGUUCAGGGAGAAGGUAUUAUGGACUGCCAUAACGCUGUUCAUCUUCUUGGUGUGCUGCCAGAUUCCCCUGUUUGGUAUUAUGUCUUCGGAUUCAGCUGAUCCCUUCUACUGGAUGCGUGUCAUUAUGGCGUCAAACAGAGGUACACUCAUGGAGCUGGGUAUAUCACCCAUCGUGACGUCAGGCUUGAUCAUGCAGCUGCUUGCUGGAGCUAAGAUCAUUGAGGUUGGCGACACCCCUAAGGACCGUGCCCUCUUCAAUGGAGCUCAGAAAUUGUUUGGUAUGAUCAUAACUGUCGGCCAGGCCAUCGUGUACGUCAUGACAGGCAUGUAUGGCGACCCAGCUGAGAUUGGUGCAGGCAUCUGUCUGCUCAUCAUCAUACAGCUGUUUGUUGCUGGACUGAUUGUGCUGCUGCUAGAUGAACUGCUGCAGAAGGGUUACGGACUCGGGUCUGGUAUCUCCCUCUUCAUUGCUACCAACGUAUGUGAGACCAUUGUCUGGCGGGCAUUUAGUCCGGCCACUGUCAACACUGGAAGAGGUACCGAGUUUGAGGGCGCUGUGAUUGCCCUCUUCCACCUGUUGGCCACCCGUACCGACAAGGUGCGUGCCCUGCGUGAGGCCUUCUACAGGCAGAACCUACCCAACCUGAUGAACCUGAUGGCUACACUGCUGGUCUUUGCCAUCGUCAUCUAUUUCCAGGGCUUCCGUGUGGACCUGCCCAUCAAGUCAGCUCGUUACCGUGGCCAGUACAGCUCCUACCCCAUCAAGCUCUUCUACACCUCCAACAUCCCCAUCAUCUUGCAGAGCACCUUGGUCUCCAACUUGUAUGUCAUCUCUCAGAUGAUGGCAGUGAAAUUCAGCGGCAACUUCUUUGUGAAUCUGCUUGGAGUGUGGGCGGAAGCGGGUGACUCUGGCCCCCAUCGGUCCUAUCCGGUGGGUGGUCUGUGCUACUACAUGUCCCCGCCGGAGAACUUCGGCCACAUGGCUACCGACCCCAUCCACGCCGUCUUCUACAUUGUCUUCAUGCUCUCCUCCUGCGCCUUCUUCUCCAAGACCUGGAUCGAUGUCUCCGGCUCAUCUGCUAAGGAUGUUGCCAAGCAACUCAAGGACCAGCAGAUGGUGAUGAGAGGACACAGAGAGAAAUCCAUGAUCCAUGAACUCAACAGGUACAUCCCGACAGCAGCCGCCUUUGGUGGUCUGUGCAUCGGUGCCCUGUCAGUCACAGCCGAUCUCCUGGGCGCCAUUGGCUCAGGUACUGGUAUCCUCCUGGCCGUCACCAUCAUCUACCAGUACUUUGAGAUCUUCGUCAAGGAACAGAGCGAGAUGGGUGGCAUGGGCAGUCUACUCUUCUAGACCAACCAUCAAUUAAUUCUUCUGAACUACAGGACAUUUUGCUUUUUUUUUUAAACCCCAAAUGGACCGAGAAAGGUCUCUGGAGAAGUAACAAGCCUUUUUUUUUGGUACACAUGCUUGAUACAUGACUCUAACUGGGUUUUUGAGUUCGGUGGCAGAAGUGGGAUCAGGAUGAAUAAGUAUGAGCAAAGGGGUACAUGUAAAAAUGAACUUUAUUCGAGUUUCAUUUCCAGAAUUAAGACAUCAGUCAAACCACUAGUUCCUCUAUUGAUUUGCUCACUGCAUGAUCGUUCUAGUGGUUCUUUGGUUUUAGAAUUUGAUUUUUUGGGGAAAAGUGAAAUCUUUGGUGGUGGACAUUGCUAUGAUGUUUUAGUUUUAGUAACUUUCUUUUUUUUUCUUUUCUUUUUCUCAGAUAACUACUUUGUUGAUUGUUUUAUUCCCUCCAUAAAAUGUUGAUUUUGUCUUGUGUGUAUCUGGGUAUUGUUCUUUUAGACAUUUCAGUUUAAUUCUUUUCUUUAACUUGUUAUAUUUAUAAAGUUAUGGUCACAUGAAUUUCCCUUUGUGAACCAGGCACUGUGGCAUGUUCAGUUAGUUCUUUUACAGUCCCCUUUUUUAAAACUUUUAUCUUCUAGAACCACAUAAUUUGCGAUUGAAUCUUUCAGCCUGUGUGGUCUUUGAAUUUAUUGCGAAAACCCAUGGAGUGCGGGGAGUUUUAUGACCGUAUGCAAGUUGUUUAAUAGUGUACCAGGGUUUAUCAUUUCUUACGCAUAAUUGCAGCCGAUGGGUUUUGACACAGGUACAUGACAUUGUGUACAUUUUGUAUGAAAAGCCAGUAAACAUUGAAUUAGGUUAAACAAAGUUGUAGAGUUAUAAACUGAACUAGAAUUUCCUUGUACAGAAGUGUCUGUAAACUACUCCCAUGUAAAGUAUUUUUCCAUAAUUGGAUUUAUUAAUUGAUUAUUACAAGCACAUGGAGUUUUUGGUUCCAAGGAUUUGUUGUUGGAAUGUUACAAUGCUUUAUUCAAUGUGAGAUGUCCGAAGUAAGUUUCAAAUUUGUGGGGUAGACUUUGCGUGUGGUCGUGUAAAUGUCCACUGUAAUGAUUCUGUCUAAUGUUAACGAUUAUAUGCAUCUAAACAGGGGUUUGAAUGAAAAAUUCCUAUCAUGGGAAACAACAGAGUUAACACUUUAAGCACUGGCUUCGUAAUUCUGCCACAAACUUACAACGUUUCGCCACGAAAUUUCAACUUUGCGCCAUGAAUUUCAGAAAUUGUAGAAACUGUAUCAACUAUUAUUGACAUUUUGCUUUGCAGUUCCCAAGCAGCAUUGUCUCAUGCAUGUUCUGACCUGGCCAGAAAUAAAAAUGGAAGGACGGAAAAAAACUCAA